GGUCUAUUUUCCUGUAUUGCUGACUCUUUAUGUCUUCAAAACCUCGGUGGACGAUAACGAAUUCUCCUUGCACAACUUACAAAGUGGCGACUUGCGCACCAACAGAACAAGAUGAUCGUCAAACAUUGCAAAAGGCAAGGAAGUCAACCACACCUGUGCACACCAACACCAGCUCCAAUGGUUCCGUAGAAAAUCGUGAACUGGGUCGUCUACGCUUCCUCAAUCCGGGCAAGGCCAUGAAGGAUUUACAGUUCAAUUGGCCCGAAGGCAACCUGACACGAAACUAUCGCAAACAGCUAACUCAUCGUUACACUAGGAAGGAGCGCGACGUUUCGCCCGCUAUGUACGAUUCUCGUGGACGUCUUAUGGGAUCACUGGCAGACACCUGUGAUUGCUUACGUGAAUCGUGUCCCGGCUGCCAUUUGCCAUGCCGCAGAUGCCAUUCAACGUAUUGCGGACCCGUAUGUCGUAUUUAUCGCACGUUCCGUUUUCAAGAUGCAAAAUUGUUUAUCUGAACGUCCACUGUGCAUCUCGCUUCAAACACUUGGCAUUUUCACUUUUUUUCGGCCUCGUUACUCGACCUGCACUUUUUACUACGUUAUUCAAACGUAUAUAUCCUUGUUAUGAACUGUACCCUUCCGCUUUUCCAACUAAAUUGACACUGAAUCAAAUUGUUGCUCAGAAGUGUGUGUGAACAUGUCAAUUCACGCCUCCAUAUGCUCAACAGCUUUUUCAUCGGGUAGCCUUCACCAUUUUUUGCUCGACCAACAUUGUGAUGAAGGCAGUCAUCGUACUUUCCGUGUUCAUCGUAUGCAUUAUAUUCCAACUGUUUACUGCUACUUGAGUGUGGAAUGACGGCACUCCAGGUUGGCCUUUGCUCCGGUUGUGAUACCUUGACCACAUUACCUCGCCUCGUCAUAUAAGUACACAAUACGAUGAAGGUAACGUUUUCGACAUGACAGGCCUCGUUGACUUGAAGCUCACCUUUUAUUCACAUGAUUACACCCUUUGUGGAGACACUUCUUCGACGGUGCCUCAAGGAAAUCGCUUUAGGUCUGUUGUAUUUUAAAUUCGAUUACCCUGAUUGUCAGCUCAUCCAAUCUUCUCUCCUAUACAGUUCAGUUAUUUCGCAUGUGAA